UGUGCUUACUGAUUCACCUCCAGGGCCACCGCCAUGUCAAGCCGGGGUGGGAAGAAGAAGUCCACCAAAACCUCCCGGUCCGCCAAGGCGGGAGUCAUCUUCCCUGUGGGGCGGAUGCUGCGCUACAUCAAGAAAGGCCACCCCAAGUACAGGAUUGGAGUGGGGGCGCCCGUGUACAUGGCCGCCGUCCUGGAGUACCUGACAGCUGAGAUUCUGGAACUGGCGGGCAAUGCAGCAAGAGACAACAAGAAGGGACGGGUCACGCCCCGGCACAUCCUGCUGGCUGUGGCCAACGACGAGGAGCUGAAUCAGCUGCUAAAAGGAGUCACCAUAGCCAGCGGGGGAGUGUUACCAAACAUCCACCCGGAGUUGCUAGCAAAGAAACGAGGAUCCAAAGGGAAGUUGGAAGCCAUCAUCACGCCACCCCCAGCCAAAAAGGCCAAGUCUCCAUCCCAGAAGAAGCCCGUGUCUAAGAAAGCAGGAGGCAAGAAAGGGGCCCGGAAAUCCAAGGUGUGA